CGUGGCUGAGAGCGUCCCUCACAUCCGUGCCCCUUCAGGUCUCUCAUCUCAGUCCAUCGACACAUCACCUACAUACCUGACCUGAUCCACCGUGUAUUUAUUCAGGUUGUCAUGAGGAGCCAAUAGACACGUGGCUGCAUCAACGCUGUCUUGGCUCAGUGGCAUCAGAUACAGGUAUACGGUCAUAUGGACUCGGAGGUGGACAACACCCACGCCACGGCCCCAGCCAACCGUAUACAUCUGGGAAGCAUGGCCAUGCCUGUCGAGGGCAAUGAUGCAUCCUCGCCACAGUACCACUCUGUCCUCCCAGCAGACGCCCACCGCUAUGUUGUAGGAGUCCUCCAAGGCUACGGGGUCCCACUCGAGAACGCCAAUAUCGUGGCUCGAUGCCUCGUAGCCGCCGACCUGAGAGGUGUGGACACUCAUGGAGUCAAUCGCAUUCCAUCGUACGUGGCCCGCAUCAGAAGUGGUGUACUUGACGCAGCAGCACAGCCGACACUGAGCGAGAUCACGCCUGUCGUGGCCCAGGUCGAUGCUCAUAAUGCUUUCGGAUUUGUUGCAGCCCAUAUGGGUAUGGCAAAGGCGAUUGAUAUGGCUCGGGUCUAUGGCAUCGGUAUGGUCAGUGUGAAGCACAGCAAUCACUUUGGAAUGUCCGCCUGGCUGGUACAGGAAGCAAUUGAUCAAGGCAUGAUGAGUCUCGUGUUCACGAACAGCUCUCCCGCAUUGCCUGUAUGGGGCGGCAAGAGCAAGCUCAUGGGCGUCAGUCCUAUUGCCUGUGGAGCGCCAGCAGGAAAAGAGAGACCAUUCAUUCUGGACAUGGCACCCUCUGUGGCCGCACGAGGCAAAGUCUACAAGGCGAAACGGCGUGGCGAGAAGAUACCACUCGACUGGGCCCUGGACUCUGACGGAAACUCUACCGAUGACCCAUCCAAGGCACUAGAAGGUGUUAUGCUUCCCAUGGGCGGCCCCAAAGGCUCCGGACUCGCAAUCAUGAUGGAUGUGUUCUCGGGCGUGCUAUCGGGGUCAGCAUUUGCAGGCCACGUGACAAACCCGUAUGAUUCCAGCAAGCCUGCGGAUGUGGGCCACUUUCUCGUUGCCAUCAAGCCCGAUCUGUUCCUGUCUCUGGAAGAGUUCAAAGAGAGAAUGGAUUAUCUUUAUAGGCGAGUGGUUGACUCUGAUAAGAUGUCGGGCGUGGAUACCAUCUAUUUCCCCGGGGAGCGAGAGCUGAUCGCAGAAGAGACACGAAAGAUGGGGAUCCCGUACGUGGAGGCGGAGAUUCAGGCACUCAACGCCGAGGCCGAUCGUGUGGGUGCACCACACCUCCAGGUUAUGCAUCCUUCAUAACAAAUUCAAACCCUCCGAGAUGCCUUGAGAUGAUAAUUGAUUCCCUUUCGGACCAGGUGGACCAGGACAAGCAACCAGAAUUCUAGAUGCUGGUCGACUACUCGGCUGGCUCAACCGUCUCCCCAUCCUGCGAGAUAAGGUAUGUAUCAAGCGACGUGUGGGAUAGCCUGCUGAGAUAUUGGCAUAUUGGCAUAUUGCAUGCACCAUACCCA